AGCAGCAGCUGGCGCAGCCGAAGAGGCUACUUUGUCAAAGCCGAGCCACCGGAGAGAAAACGGCGGCGCAGAUUGUGGCAGGAAAAAAAGUGUGAACUGUUUGGGGAAAACAGGUUGAACCGAAGAGCCUUCGGUGGAAUUUUCUUAUUGGUGGCUGUCUGAUGAGCUCCCCAUCGGACGUGAAGUUUUGUGUUUUCGGCGUCAGAGAGAGGUCUGUUUAAAAGUUGAGCCGCGGAGGAGUUCUCUCAUUCAGGAUGUCGGACUGAGACAAAGAGGGUCUGGGGGGCAUUCCCGACGGAACGGUUAAACUUGAUUGUGGUCGCCUCCCCUGAAUGGGAAGGAUGGAGAGGGAGCUGCAGUGGUGGAAAGGACAGCUGGCUUCAGACAUCCAUCAGUCCUUACGCAAUAAGGAGCUGAAGCUGCCUAUCUACCGGGCCCACUCUCCUCAGAUUGGAAUGCGGCGCUACUUUGCAGACUUGCUGGCCAUCUUAAGCAACCGAUACCAGCUGUGUCCCACUGCACGUCACCUGGCCGUCUAUCUGCUCGACCUGUUCAUGGACCAUUACGAUGUUGCUGUGAAACAGCUCUACAUCAUCGCCCUCUCCUGUUUGCUGCUAGCCAGUAAGUUUGAGGAGAAGGAAGACCGGGUCCCUAAACUAGAGCAGCUGAACUCUCUCGGCUUCAUGUGCAGCCUGAACCUGGUUCUUAACAAGAAGGAUCUGAUCAAAAUGGAGCUCCUGCUGCUGGAGACCUUCGGCUGGAACCUGUGUUUGCCCACACCUGCCCACUUUAUCGACUACUACCUCCAUGCCGCUGUGCAGGAGGGCGACCUCUACAACGGCUGGCCGCUGUCCUCGCUGUCCAAGACUAAGGCUUUUAUGGACAAAUACACUCACUACUUCCUGGAGGUUUCACUGCAGGAUCACGCCUUCCUGAAUUUUAGACCCUCUCAGGUCGCUGCUGCUUGCGUUGCAGCAUCCCGUGUUUGCCUUCAAAUUUCCCCUAGCUGGACAACUGCUCUUCAUCUACUAACAGGGUACUCCUGGGACCACCUGACCCCAUGCAUCGAGCUAAUGCUGCUGGCCCAUGACAACGAUGUGAAGGAGGCCAAUAAAACCAAAUCCACCCCUCCCCACCGGCCUUCCUCUCUGCAGUCACAACCUCCGACUUCUCACCUCUCUCCAAUAUCUGCCAUCCAGAGACCCGCCUCGUCUUCCUCUUCCUCCUCCUCCACCUCCUCCACGCCACAGUUGCUUUUCCAGCCAGACAGCUUCUCGCACCUCUCUCAGCAUUCCCCAUCUCUGUCCCAGCUCCAAGCACUAGCUGACUCUCAGGCUUUGGGCUCAGUGGUAAACAUGUCUCAGGACUUCCUUCAGAGCCACAGGAUGGGGCUCCUAGCCGGGCCCCCAUCCAUCACUGCUGGGGGAGCUUUCCCCUCCUACCCAAGCCUAACCGCUGGUCUUCAGCCUGGGGCCCGUGCUUUGCCUCUUCAGAGCCCCAUAUCUGUGCAGAUGGCCCUCGCUGCAGAGCCACGGCACUGUCUGAGCAUGGCUUACAGCGGGGGCUACCUCGGGGCUCAUCACACGUUCACAGCCGGCUGCUUUGACAGGUGACGCCAGGAGACGGAGAGGGAGCACAAACCCAUACGGGAGUCCACCAGAAUGCUUCCGUCCCACUUUCCCACCCCGAAAUACCCAUUUACAGACCUCCUCUCCCUCUCCGUCAGCACAGCAACACCUUCAGCCACCCCAGCUUCCCCGCCGCUCUCCCACAGACGCCUAAAACGUAAGCAGAGGGCCAAAGGCAAGACAGACCCAGUGGAAGUCAUCACGCUGACAUGACGAACGCUCCGCUGCCUCGAGUGGAACCCUGAGGUGCUGCAGAAAUCUUUCCACCAUAUUCUGAACUGGCUUUAUACAUGUGUGUUAUUAUAAGACUGUCAUCACUGUGAAUGAGAUGAAAGCAGCAGUGUGAUCAAACACCCACCUCAUUCAGUGUCUGCUCUCAGUUGUGCGUGAUAGCGGAGCCAAUUUUAGAAGUGCACAGAACACAACGUUUCUGUGGUGAAUGCGUCUUGCUGCUCAAUGUUUUUAUUUUUCUUCUAAUCCCAAAAAUGUAACAUUUUAUAAGAAAUCUGGCUAAUUAUAUUUUUAUGUAAGCUGACAUUUGACUAAAGAUAUCCCGAAGUAAAUGGAGGCAUAAAAUGGUUGUAAAUGCCUUUGAAGAUAUUUUUAUUCCUCUCUCAUAAAUCAGCUAACAUUUGAUGUAAAGAGCUGAAAGGCUUCUCUCAUACUUCCCACCAACAUAAGACCUCAGAGGAGACCAAGAACUUGUUGUUCUGUGCACAGCAGGUGACAUGGAUUGGCUCGAAAAGGCCUGCUGUUUUCACUCUUUCUCAUUCUCUCAUUCUCCCAAAGUUGAGCCUUCACACAUGCAGGUUUAAAUGUGGCUCUCCUGCAAGCUUUCCUCAUACCGAAGUUUUCAUUUCUUUAACACAAACUGAUGUGACUGGACCAGCCUGGCGAUGAUGAUGAUGAUGAUGCGGAGGUUUGUUGUAUUGUACAUAUGAAAUGCUGCUGCCUUCUUAAGAACUGUUGGUUCUGUCUGUGUUUAUGAUGUUUACAUGAACCACUAUCAGGGACUUUAUCAAGAUUACUUGAAUAUGAUGCCAUUGAAACAUUGUUAUAGCUUUUAUUUAUAACUUUUUUUUAUUCUCUUGUUGCGUUUGGUGUAGUUUAGCUUUUUAAACCAGCGUAGAAAUCCAACAUUUAAUAAACGAGUGUAGUUUUCUUUUUCUGUAUGUUCAGGCUCAGGUUUUAAGGCUGAAGCUGCCUUUUUUUAAUCGUCUCUCCUUUUUGGGCUUUAAAGUGGGUGCUACUGUAGCAUCUACCCCCCCACCCCUUUAUCACUGGAUUAUAUUACUUGUUUCUGACUCACUAAAUGCGUUAGCUGCAUAAAGGGAAAGGAAAAAGUUUUGUAGCGUCUGGUUUCACAUUUAAACAUCUGCAGGCAGUCAUCUGUAAUUGCUUCCCAAAUUUGUAAAGCUGCAAUCCUCCAUCUUCCACUUCCUGUUGAAGCGUAAACACAUUCCUAGCUUCCCAGAGUUGAUCUCGAGGGUUGACCACCGGUCACCACGCUGGAACUUCACGUGUUUUAGGGCUCUAUUUGGUCUAAAUUAGGACUUCAGUUGUGAAUUAUUUUCUCAAAGAAUCAUGAAAUAUAAUAUACUGGAAAUGGAACCUAAAUAAUAAUUACCGGUACCUGUAGAAAUAUG